AUGAUACAUGACAUCCGAACGGUCGCCAACACCGGACUGGGCCACUCCUUAAAAAUAUACUAUAUGGACCAUCCAGAACAGACACAGACUGAUCGUGAUAUGCCCCCCGCCCCUUAUGGACAAGAUUCCAGCAACUUAGCGACCCCUAAGCGGAAUGGGACUUCCCCCAACCCCCUGGGCGACGUAGGGACCGACGAGCGGGAAGGCCUGGAGGCGGGGAUCACCCCGCAGACAUGCUCACACAACCAUUAA